AUGUCAUUAGAGAACACCCCAAAAAUGGAAAUUGUAAAUUCGUACCUCAACAGCGAUUUCAACAGUGGCGAGAUUUAUAAAAUCGAAUUCAAGAACUGUGACAAAGUCUACAUUGGAAACACAACUGGUGAGCUUCAGACACGAUUAACACAGCACCUCACUAAUAAUAAGAGUCCAGUAUAUCAGUAUCGGCUUCAUAAGCCUACUAUCAAACUGCUUGUUAAUGCCCCAAGCAAAGGCAAACGUGAAUUGGAAAAAGUGGAGCAUGAAUGGAUUUAUGAUUUUAGCGAGAAGCUGGGAGAUCAAUUAUUAAACAAGCAAGGAAUAAAACCUAAAAGACAAGAAGUAAAAUACCAAGCACAAAUGACAGCCAUUGACGCUUUUCAGAAAAGUUGUUACAAGACAAAAUACAAAAACUUGGCAAAACUCUUCGAAUCAAGGAUGAUGUUACAAAAAAUCUGUUAUACUAUGACGGUACUGUCGAUGGCAGAGGCUAUCGCAAUGUGGCCCAGUGUAAACAACAACCAAGAGAGGAAGCAAUAUCAAAGCUUACCAAAAAGCAACAAGAAUUGAUCAAAGAAUUGACAAUUGACUUCAACUAA